AUGAAGACGAGACCUGCAGGGAUCGGAGAUGCCAACGCAGACUGGAUGGGGGGUCUCCCAUCCACCCUCAGUGCCAUGCCGCUCAAGCACCUCGCUGUGCCAGGUUCACAUGAUUCAUUCACCUAUUGGGUGGAUGUCACGGCUCCUGUUGGCCCAGAUCAAAAGAUUUUUGUUAAGUACCUGGCGACAAUGUUCAGUUUAGUGGCCAAGAAAGUGAUGGUGAAGUGGUCCAUGACCCAGAACCUGACUUUUAGGGAGCAACUGGAUGCAGGCAUUCGAUAUUUUGACCUAAGAGUAUCUGCCAAACCAGGAGAGAAAGGGAAUGAGAUCUACUUUAUCCAUGGAUUGUUUGGACACAAGGUUGUAGAUGGACUUUUAGAAAUCAACUCUUUCUUAUCAAAACAUAAAAAGGAGGUUGUGUUCCUGGACUUUAAUCACUACUAUGCCAUGAACGCAGAGCACCACAUGUACCUCACUAAAAUGCUGCAGCAAGUGUUCGGGUCUCGGCUCUGUAUGAACUGUGUGGUGGAACAUAUCACACUGGACUACCUCUGGGACAAGAGAUAUCAGGUGAUAGUUUUUUACCAUCAUCCAUCAGGGCAGAGCGUCCCUGUCCUGUGGCCUGGAAACAAGAUCCCUGCUCCGUGGGCAAACACCACAGAGCCACACAAACUCAUGAAGUUCCUUGACACCACUUUGAAGGAAAGGAAAAAGCAAGGAUCCUUCCACGUGUCCCAGGCCAUCCUGACGCCCCGGGUCAACACCGUGGCCAAAGGUCUCAUGUGGGGACUGCGCAAUUACCUGGUCGAGAGGAACCUCCCGACCAUCAUGUCCUGGGUGGAGGCGCAGAAACCCGGAGUGGGCGGAGUCAACAUCAUCACCUCAGACUUUGUGGAUCUCACAGACUUUGCCAACAUUGUCAUCAAACUGAACAAUCUGUUGUUAUCGGACAAGGACCAGAAGACAAGAUGA